CUGUGUUUUCAAGUGUUCAGCCGGAUUCUUCCCACCAUCAACAUGUCUCCAAGAUGUCAGAUUGCCAUUUUUGUCGUUCUCUACUGCAUCAUGCUGGGUCUGGUCAGUCCGACUCCAGCUGCCCAAGACUCUCAAAAGGCCAAGAUGUGUUGUACAACAUUCAACAGGAAGCCAAUACCUUUCCGGCGUAUUACGGGCUACAGAGAAAUAACUUCUAAGGAAAUCUGUCGCAAGGAGGCGAUCAUUUUCUCUACCAUAAGAAAACAAGAGAUAUGUACAACACAGAGGGACCAGUGGGUGAGGAACCUUAUGGUUUUACUCAGUUUGAAACUGGAAAGGUUGGCCAAACUCAGACAGGCCCCCCCCUUCAUUUAAUCAUGGAAGUGGAUCUUUCUUCAACACCACUCAAACCAUCGCGGACAGCACUGAAGGUUUCUAUGAGUAAAAAAACAAGCUGUUUGUCCAAUAGACAUGGACAGUAUUCAAAGAAUUAAACCUGCUGUGAUUUAGUCAGGUGUAAUCUCUGAAAAAGAAAUGCUUAUUUUAAUUACUUGCCUAAACAUACACAGCUUCAGACCAAUACUCAAGUAUAUAACAAGUAUCCUAUAAACAAAUAAUCAUGACUUAGGGGGGACCUGGAAGAACAGUAUACAGGCCACAGAUGUGUCAAUAAACAUUUGACAUAAUAAUAACAUGAUCCUUUUUGAUUUUUGUUUAUCGUUGUUUUUAAUUACUCAUGUUUUUAUUCUGCUGCUUGAUCAAAUUAAUAUGCAAAACAUGUAAUAAAUAAUCCUCAUUAACAAUAAAGUGAAUUCAUAAUCCUCCAA